GUAGCGAAGCAGGGCGGCGCCAGAAACAAGCGGGGAAAGCGGCCUUUGCCGAACUGUUACGAGGGGAGGGCAGGCUUCCCUGUCUUUACUUUGGGCAGCCGGUUGCCUUCGUGGUGGGACUACUCGAUGCACCUCUUCAGCUUCACCCUUCGUGGUGGGACUACAUCGUGCACCUCUUCAGCUAAGAAGAGAUUGAGACUCCCGGAUGUCGAAGGAGGAAGGGGCUGCGUGCCUCGCCCUCCCCUCACCCGCCCGGUCCUGCUCCCAUUUCAGAGACGUUGCUGAAACUGAAGCUCUCGCAGCCGCGCGUUGCUUGGAAGCAGGGCUGCUCCACUGUGGAGCUAACCCUCUGCUGCCCCUCCCGUAUGGCUGGGGAGCCCCUGCCUUCCGAGGCUUCCUGGGGAAACUGGAUGGACGAGCCCACCGGAGCCUGGCAGAGUGACCCCAUCAGCCCCAAGCCCAAGAAAGCGGCAGGUGCCUUCCAGCUUGGGACGGAGUUCUGGAUCUUUAACCACAGCGGAGAGGAAACCUCGCCCCCGUUUCUGACCGAUGCUUGGCUGGUGCCGCUCUUUUACGCCCUCAUCAUGUUGCUGGGUCUGGUGGGGAACGGCCUGGUCAUCUAUGUCAUCAGCAAACAUCGCCAGAUGCGCACAGCCACAAACUUCUACAUUGCAAAUUUGGCUACCACUGACAUCAUAUUUUUAGUGUGCUGUGUUCCCUUCACUGCCACUCUCUAUCCCUUGCCCAGCUGGGUGUUUGGUGAUUUUAUGUGCAAAUUUGUCAACUAUUUACAGCAGGUGACUGUCCAGGCCACCUGCAUUACUCUGAUGGCUAUGAGUGUGGACCGCUGCUAUGCUACACUGUACCCACUGCAGUCAUUGCGUUAUCGAACCCCCCAGGUAGCCAUGUCCAUCAGCUUUGCUAUUUGGAUUGGUUCCUUCAUUCUCUCCUUGCCCAUGGCUAUGUAUCAUCGUACUGAAAAUGGCUACUGGUAUGGUUUGCGUACUUACUGCAUUGAAGCUUUCACGAGCAAGAGCCAGGAGCGCAGUUUUAUCCUCUACACUUUCCUGGGUGUUUAUCUAUUGCCUCUUCUCACUAUUUGCUUCUGCUACACCAUCAUGGUCAAGCGCAUUGGACGUCCUGUGGUUGAACCAGUAGACCAUGAUUACCAGCAAGUGCAACAUCUCUCUGAGCGCUCAGCUGCCAUGCGCGCUAAGAUUUCCAAGAUGGUUGUAGUGAUUGUACUUCUUUUUGCCAUUUGCUGGGGUCCUAUCCAGUUCUACCUGCUUUUUCAGGGCUUCUAUCUCCAUUUCCAGGCGAACUAUGAAACCUAUAAGAUUAAGACAUGGGCUAAUUGCAUGUCAUAUGCUAACUCUUCCCUCAACCCUAUUGUUUAUGCUUUCAUGGGAGACAGUUUCCGCAAAUCCUUCAAGAAGGCGUUCCCCUUCCUCUUCCGCCAGCGUAUACGGGACAAUGGUGGGCAUUCAGGCUCCCAUAAUGCGGAGAUGAAAUUUGUAACUGAAGAGACCUAGCUUCUGUUGUGAGGAGAACUCGGCUGGCUUCCUUCCAGAGAAAGGAUAUUCCAACUGACAUGUUAAAAGUAAGAUGGCUACUGACUUGCUAUCUAUGAAAGGUAAUUUCUUCCGUACCACCUACACAAAGCAGAAUUUUCUGUAUUCUAGGCUAAGUAAAUUCGAUAAUGAUAAAAAUUAGGGAUUCCAUAUUAUUCAUUGUGAAUUUUAAUUUUAAAGGCUUCAGAAAUCUGCACUGCUGUAUUAGGUUUCAAUGCUGGCAGAA